UAUUACAGUAAAUCCAAUCCUUCCCUUUCCAAAUUUUCGUCAUAUCCGUACUUCCUAAUUCCUAGUUUCCCUAACUUUUAAUCCCAUUACAACUUGACAUUGGCUAAUGUAACAAAAGCCAGAACAAAAAAAAAAAAAAAGUGUCAGAUGUGAUGUGACGUUUGACGUUCAAUUCAAGUGAAUAUUUUGGUUUCCCGACUUUCCCGUAUGGAGUGUGGAUUGAACCUCCACCUUCCAUAGUUUCCCGUUUUCCUUUCCUGUGUAACUCAAGAUUCACUAAAAAAUAUAAGAUUCUUAUGCAAAUAAAUAUAGCAAGGAAAAUGCUUCGGAGAGCUAGGCCAUUGCUGUGUGCGAUCCACGCUCAACAUAAUAAUAUGUAUUGUUUACGCAAUAUCCAGACAUCACCUGCGCCACAAGAGGGAAUUGUGAUCAGUGAGAGCUGCGUCCAAAAAUUAAAACAGCUUUGUGAUGCUGAGAAGAGUUUCUUAAGGGUGUGCGUAGAAAGCGGAGGCUGCUCGGGAUUCCAGUACAAAUUUGAUUUGGAUACUAAACUUCAAGAUGAUGACAGAGUAUUCGAGAAAGAUGGAGUCAAGGUGGUAAUAGAUGAUACAUCACUUGAAUACAUCAAAGGAUCCACAAUUGACUAUCACACUGAACUAAUCCGGGCAGCAUUUAGAGUGGUUCAGAAUCCUAAUGCUGAUUUGGGCUGCUCAUGCGGGGCAAGUUUUUCAAUCAAAAUCGAUUAAAGGUAACUAGAAUUAAAAAGCUAAAGUAACUAGAAAAAAUAGGUGGUAAAGAUUAGAAUAAAUAGGUGACAUUUGUACCUUAAAAAAUAUAUACUCAAUACAAACACUAUAUAGCAAAGAGUUAUUGUUAUUCUGUUAUCGACAACCGGUUUAGCCUAGUGGUUAGUGACCCUGCCUAGGAAGCUGAUGGUCCCGGGUUCAAAUCCUGGUAAGGCCAUUUAUUUGUGUGAUGAGCAUGGAUAUUUGCUCCUGAGCCAUGGCUGUUUUCUAUGUAUUUAAGUAUGUAUAAAUAUUUAUAUAUAUCGUUAUCUAAGUACCCUCAACACGAGCCUUAUUGAGCUUACUGUGGGACUUAGUCAAUUUGUGUAUUAAUAAUGAUUAUUAUUAUUUAUUAUUUGUAAAGCAGGCAGGCAGUUGAAAAAACUGAUAAUGGCUGUAUCCUGAGUCAUCAAUAAAGUUUUCAGUGUUGAGUAGAAUUUGCAUAGUAUGCAUCUAAUUUAUUCUUAAAAUCAUUGACACUUUGGGCCGAUACUAUAUCCUCUGGGAGUUUGUUCGAAGGUUUGAUCACUCUGUUGCUAAAGAAGUGUCUAUGAGGAUUGUUGUAGGACCUGCGAGACACCAGCUUAUACUGAUGACCUCUCAAACAGUUUUUGUUAUUGCGAUCUAGCAUCUUAUGAAAAUCUUUCAGGUCAUAGUGUUGGGUUAGUAUUUUGUAUGUCUCAAUAAGAUCUCCACGUUCUCUUCAGGAAGUGCAGUCUUUCUUCAUAGGGCAUGUUUUUGAGUUUCUUCGGUAUCUUGGUGAAACUAUGUUGAAUAAUGUCCUAUAAUAUUAUCUAUUUAUUUAUUUUUAUAGACCACAAACAGUUGUAUAGUAUUUUCUCAAAUGAUGAGGGUAAUCUGUUAAACAAAAGCCAUUGUUUCUUUUGUGCAAGCAGUGGGCUCCCGUGUUGAGCGUGUGGCAAAGCAAAAUGUCAUUUGAAAAGCGGCUGUAUCAUGGUGGUUUUAAAGUUCAAAUCUAAGUAAUAAUAUGAGAGCUGGCCUACAUUGAGGUGGUCAAUCAUCCUACAUUACCAAAACAUCAAUAACUUAGAAACAAAUAUUUGUGAUAUACACACAAAUAAAUUCCCCUUAAUACCAGGAUUUAAACCCAGGCCCUGCUGCUUCGUAAGCAGAGUCACUACUGAGGAUGAAAAUUCAGGAAAAAAUAUUUUAUUCGGAAAUUUUACAAAAUUUCGUUUUUUUUUAGUUUUAUUCAGAAAAAUUAAAUACGUCAUACACAAUGCCACUGAUGAGUGAUGACAGUCUCAAAGUCAAUAAAAUGCCAGAAACUAACACAUUAGAUGUGCAACCUUAAACUACCUGUUUAAAGACCUAAUUAGCCGGGUCCGCACAGAGCGAGCAUAGGCGCGAGGCAAUUUCCUCACGCACAAACCGGCCAGUGGAGACGUGCCUCGGCCGAACGCAUGCACCGCCCGCCUAUUAAGCCCGCCCGGCCCGGCUAUUAAGUUCAUUGUUUAAUACAAAACAUAUAGCGUGUAAGCUUAGCUUAAGUUAUUUUUCUAUAUAGCAACAUAUUUUGUUUGUAGUUGCCCUAUAAUUUGCAUGUGGCAACUCUCUCUUCUUUCUCGAUCCGAACCAACGACACAUCCCGCGAUCACCUUUGUAAUAAUUUUUAGUAUAAAAGUGAAUAAAAGUUCAUCUAAACUUAAAAAGCGCAUUUUGUAUUCUCCAUGCGCAAGUGGUCCUUUGAACCGGAUAUGAACCAGUGACCUAUGGAUUGAAAAAUACAGAAGUUUUAAAAAAACUCGUUUGAUUCGGCUUUAUUCGUUUUUUUCGGAAGUAUUGUAACUGAAAUUUGCAUUGUUUCGAAAGAAACCUGAAAAAACGAGCCAUUUGGAAAUUUUCCCGUAUUUUCCCUGGUUUUUUCAACGCUAGUCACUACUGACUAGGCAAGGAGGUUCACAAAAUUGCUAUUUUUGAAUGACGUUAUUACAGUUAAAUCGUGAGUUAACUUUGUUGACUAUGUUACUUAUAGUUAAAGUCAAACUCAUCUAUGCAAGCAAACAUUAAAAAAAAAUCAACGGAAGAGCAUGUACCUACUUUGUUAUUUAUAAUCAAACAAGCAUUGAAAAAAAAACCUUGUCAGUAGCUCUUGAACGUUGCAUUGAUGAACCCUACUCUACUAACUGGGGCAAACGGGGCAAGUAAAUAGCACUUAAAAAUAAAGCUAUGAAUUAUUAAUUCUUCUUCGUCCUUUAACCAACAAAUGUCCAUCCUUGUAUUUGAUAUAUUUUACUUCAUCUUUAAGAGGCUGUCAAUACCUAAAGCGCGCACACUGUCUAUUUGUAUCGGAGUAAAUGAGAUAGCACUGUCGCAUGUUACUGGGCCUGGGUAAGGGAAUAAUAAGAAAAAUAUUUAAAUAAAAAAAUGUUUUGAAAUUGUGAUUUUAAUUGCAGACCCAUAAGUCAAAACAAUAAAGACAUAGAACCGUUUAAUUGUGAUUUUAAGACCAAUCUUUGCAAUUAUUUUCUAUCGAGCCGAUUUCGUUCAAUCAUGUAUCGAGUACAACCACGGUCUUUGAAAUAUAAUUAAUAUGAACAUAUAUUUUUCUUACUUGACUAAAACAAAUAGUCUUUCUUAAAAAACUGUUUAAGUAACAUCAAUUUCAAGGACAUUGGGUGUUGACAGCCUCUUAAAGAUUGUCCCAAUUUGGUUUAUGUUUUCUUUAUGUUGUUUUCCUGGAUAAUAAUAUUCUGUUUGUCUCCAGUCUGCUAAAGCAAUGUAAUUCAUACAUUCUUGUAUUUAAGUCAUAAUUGACAUAAACCUCUCAAAUGAAUGGCCUAGCUUUACAAAAGAAGUUUCAUAUCUUACUAACAGUUUUAACAGAAAUAAUUAGUUUGAAUUAAAAAGAAUAGGAUAGAUUAAUCUAUAAUUUUUAUUGUAUGCUAAUUAAAAAAUAGAGAUAUAUAAAUGUAAAUUGUAAAUAUACUCAAAUUACAAUUGGUAGCUUGAAAUGUAAAUUGUAAUAUUAAAUUUCGGAUUGUUAAUUGUAAAAUGAAAUAUGAACAAUUUGAAAUUAAAAUUUCGAUUUAUUAAAAAAAAUUGUAAAUAAGUAUGUAGUUUAUAGCGUACAUAUUAAUUGCAUUAAAACAAUGUAGACAUUUAGUUUAAUUUAUUUACAUCUUCUGUGAUAUAACAAUAAAGAAUUUAAACAGUAGUAUAAGCAA